AUGUCGUUGGUGGAUCCGCAAUGGGAAACGAUUGAUCCAUGCCCGGACAUACACGCCCUUUUCGUGCAGUACAAUGAGACCUUCUUUGAUGGCAAAAUAAUUGGCUGUGAAGUGAAAUGGAGUCCUCGGAUGACUUCAUCGGCAGGAGUCUGUGUAUAUGAGGGAAGAGGUGGGCUUUGCUCGGUUCGGCUCAGUAAGCCACUUCUGACUUUGCGGCCGCGGAAAGAUCUUGUGGAGACACUGCUGCAUGAAAUGAUCCAUGCAUAUCUGUUCAUCACGGACAGGAACAGGGAUCACGAUGGGCAUGGACCGAAGUUCCACUAUCACAUGCGCCGUAUCAAUGCUAAAGCGGGUACUAAUAUCACUGUGCGACACAAUUUUGUUGACGAAGUGAAGUACUAUCAGAGGCACUGGUGGCGCUGUAACGGCAUUUGUCGGAGUUCCCCACCGUUCUACGGCUGGGUAAAACGUUCUAUGAAUCGAGCACCGAGUGAAAAUGACUUUUGGUUCGAAGAUCAUCAAAAAACUUGUGGAGGUAUUGAUUCUGCUACUUUUUUCGUAAAAUAUCCAUAUGUCCCAUAUGCAGGUAGUAUCUAA